UCAAAGAGUGCUUUACGUCACAAGUCACCGAUAUUCUCACGAUGACAUUUCGGUUCACGUACAUUCGCCAGUGAGGCCACAUCUUGACGACCGUCAUCGACCAGUUCACAAUGUCCAACAUUCUCCGUGUCUUUCCGAAACAUGCGCGCUCGUUGUCACGGUCGUCCAAAACCCGUGUUGUCAUAUUAGGGCGUUCGUUUCACUCGCCCUUUGUGGUGCUCAACUCACCAUUGUCAUCGAGUUCGAACGUAUCGCCAGCGUCGGCGUCAUUGUACGAAAAACAACAUGACCCCUCUCCUGAACCCCAAAUAUCAUCAGAUGGCAUGCGCACUUAUGUGGUCUCAGAACCAGACCCCGCCAAUACCCCUUACGCGGUGCCAUCAGGCGCAUAUUCAACUACAGCGCCUUAUGCCAAUUUCAAACCCACGGAUGCACCCAACCCUGAGGGGAAACAUGGUUCAAGCAGUGCGAGCCUUCCUUACCCUGAUACAACUCGUGCUAUUCCAAGAAAUGCAAACGGUGUUGGCGAAAGUGCCUCAGUGAGAUAUGGAGAUGCACCCGGUGAGAUGGGUCGCAGAGGGGGAAGCCACGGAGGGCUAGGCUUAAUGGAUGAAUCUGGCACACACAAGGGCGCCGCAGAGCUUCCCGACAGAAAUCCGUCCCCGGAUUCGGAUGUGGCCCUGCGUUGGUCCAAACUAGGCGUAGAGAAUGGAUGGAAAGAGCGGAAAUAGAUUGUGGGGUUGUCUGGAGGCGUGCGGAGGAAUGUCGCCAUUCUGUCAGUCAGGCGGUUGAUUGUCAAAGAUGAAACGUGUGCAACUGCGUUGACUGUAAUUUGAUGACUGUACAAUAGUGCUAUGAUUCUGCUGUUUUGUCUUUGGCUGUCUUUGGAUGUAUAUUAUUUCUCUUGCGCUCACACCGGGCUGCGGAAUAUGAAUAGCCUUCUUGCUGUGGUUUCCUCGAAGAUAAAUGUAUUUGAGUCAGAUGUCGAACGUGCUAUAAUAUCGAAAUGCAUUCUGAUAGGCCGAGUCUAGACAACGUCCUGGACGUUAUGAAACACAUUAAGCUGGAUCUGCGCAAACCAAAAGUAGUCAAUAUUUAUUAAUGCCCUCAACUUGGCCUGGUAACAGAAAGCCGCC